AUGGACAAGAUCCCAUAUGCUAUGGUUGUUGGCUACUUAAUGUAUGUUAUGGUAAUCACCAGACCUGAUCUUGCUCAUUCUUUGAGUGUUCUAAGUCGUUAUAUGUCCAAUCCGGGACAAGAACACUGGCCGGGAGUAAAAUGCCUAAUGAGGUAUUUGAAAGGGACCAUUAACUAUGGUCUGAUAUAUAAGAGAAGACAAGGAGAUAUUCAACUUACAGGAUAUGUGGACUCUGAUUUUGCUUCUAAUCAAGACUUAAGGAGAUCACUUACAUCAUAUGUAUAUCCUGUAAGUGAAAAUUGUGUAAGUUGGAAGUCGCAACUACAACAAGUGAUUGCCUCAUCUACGACAUAA